CUUCAACUCGCUAAUUUCUACGCCAUUUCGAGUUCGUCUUCCUCUGCGUGCAAAUCUGCUACUCUCAGUGGUAGAAUCGAUUUGUGUUAUGUCUCCAAGAAUCGUUUAACUUCUUCUGGCGAGUUGAUGAUCGCUUACCGUCCUAUGGAAAUUUUUAACCUGCGCGAUUUUCACCACGCUGUUAAACGCUUGCCAUCAGAUGCCUUUCUAUUUGAUAUGGAUAACGUAUCUGAUGUAACGAUUUCAGAUGUUUUGAGCGAACGAGUAUUGUACUCUUGGCAAGGUAAAGAUAUUAAGAGAAAAGUGAUAGAACAGGAGGACACUUGCUUAUUCUACUGUUGGUACACCAGAUUAUAUUACUCCAGAAGUUCUUUUGAGAAAGGGUAUGCAAUAGAAUGUGAUUGGUGGUCACUUGGCGCUAUCAUGUAUGAAAUGUUGGUGGGAUAUCCUCCUUUUUAUUCUGAUGAUCCAAUGACAACAUGUAGGAAGAUAGUGAACUGGAGAACUCACUUGAAAUUUCUUGAGGAAGUUGGGCUAUCGCCAGAGGCCAAAGAUCUUAUUAGUAGAAUUUUAUGUAAUGUCAAUAAUAGGCUGGGAUCAAAAGGCUCAUCGGUUCUUCAAAGGUGUUGAAUGGGAUAAACUAUAUCACAUUGAAGCUGAAUUUAUACCCGAGGUCAAUGAUGAAUUCGAUACUCAGAAUUUUGAAAAGUUUGAUGAGGUUGUUGAUAAUUGUUAUGAGGUGAGCUGGUGGUUGAGAAGGUAUAAAGCACAGGCAGGGCCGUGUAGUAAGAAAUGUUUUGCAAGCUCUGGAAUAAGCUUGGGGUUCCCA